CAGUAUAUAGCGAGGGACACAAGAUAUUGCAUGACACAGUGGCUCUGGUCUGGUUACAAACAACCCCACUGCAACGUCCUAGACCAAUCCGCGAUGGGCAAGCUGAUGGUGGUGGCGGCCGUGGUGGCCCUGGCGGCGCUCUCUGUUUCUCAGGUCAAGGACACUCGCAACUUGCCUUCGUGCAAGGAAGUCGGCGGACAGUGUAUCGUGAGCAGCACACAGUGCAAGAAGGUGAAAGGCGCGGCGCUUUGUCCGGACCAAGAGAUCUGCUGCAAGCCCAGUGUCGGAAGUGUGAAAUCAAUUAACAAGCACCAAAGCAAAGAUCCCUCAGACAAAAAGUCGAAGGACGAUGAAAGAAAAGCAAAUGAAAAACGGAACAAGUCCUCAGUUAAAGGCAAAAAACAAAGAAAAAGGAAGACCAGCGAAACAAGGCAACCCAUGAAGAAGACAAAAGGGAAAACUAAAGUCAAAAAGCAUACGUCAGACAAAGGAGAGGACAACAAAAAGAAACGACAGAAUAAGAAGAAAAAGGUCGAGGACGAGCAAGACGGAGAUGACAAGGCAGUGGAAGCCGCGAAAGGAGAGAAAUUCGCCGGAGAAUGCAAGAAAUCUCCCCGGUGCAAGGGGGAGUGCAUCCCUGAGGCAGAAUUGUGCGAGGGUGUGAAGACGGACGACUGUGACGGCGGCUACUGCAAGUGUUGCACGAAGAGGGGCGGCAAAGGCGGCGGCGGCGGUGGUGGGAAAUGUAGCGGCAAGUGCAAGAAGGGCACCUGCACCCACGAAGGAGACUGCAAAACGGGGAAGUGGAAGGAGGGUGGAGGAUGCAGUGGUGACUGGUGUGGAUGCUGCAAACCCAAGUCCAAAAGGUGUAAGACUUCUAAAAAAUGUAAAGCAAAGGGUGGAUCCUGUAAGUCUGAGUGUAAGAAAAAAGAAAAGGUAAAGAAGAAGCUGUGCAAGAAAGGGUGUCUAUGCUGCGUAAAGAAGACGAAAAAGAAGUGCAAGACCACCCCGGAGUGUAAGGCAAAGGGAGGAUGGUGCACGAAACCCAAGGCCUGUGACAGCGGCGAGUACUCCAAGGGCUGUAAAGGCAAAGAAUGCGUAUGUUGCCUGGAAGAAAAGGUUGAGGCUUGCCCGCAGGUGGACAAGUGCAAGAAAGAACAUGGCACGUGUAAGGAGUGGUGCGAUCCGUACAAGUAUGAGAGGGAGCUGAAGUGGCUCUGCGACCCUUGGAUUCCUCAACCGGCCGCGCCCCACCCCUACGUGCACAAGCUUAGGUCGCCCGCCCGCAUUUCAACGGGUCCGGCCUGUAAGUGUUGUGCGCCCAAGUGUGAGAAGAGUCCCUCCUGCACCCUGUGGGGAGGAACAUGUGUGAACGGCCACAAAGAGUGUCCCACACAGUACGGCUUCAUGGUCGUCGACGGAUGCAAAGGUUAUGACUGUAAAUGCUGCAAACCAGUCCGGACCACAACAAGGCCUACCACAACCACAACCACGCCAACAUCUACAAGCACGUCAACAUCUUCCACAAGCACGUCAACAUCUUCCACAAGCACGUCAACAUCUUCCACAAGCACGUCAACAUCUUCCACAAGCACGUCAACAUCUUCCACAAGCACGUCAACAUCUUCCACAAGCACGUCAACAUCUUCCACAACCACGUCAACAUCUUCCACAACCACGUCAACAUCUUCCACAAGCACGUCAACAUCUUCCACAAGCACGUCAACAUCUUCCACAAGCACGUCAACAUCUUCCACAACCACGUCAACAUCUUCCACAACCACGUCAACAUCUUCCAUAAGCACGUCAACAUCUUCCACAACCACAACCACGUCAACAUCUUCCACAACCACGUCAACAUCUUCCACAAGCACGUCAACAUCUUCCACAAGCACGUCAACAUCUUCCACAAGCACGUCAACAUCUUCCACAAGCACGUCAACAUCUUCCACAAGUACGUCAACAUCUUCCACAAGCACGUCAACAUCUUCCACAAGCACAAGCACGUCAACAUCUUCCACAAGCACAAGCACGUCAACAUCUUCCACAAGCACAAGCACGUCAACAUCUUCCACAAGCACGUCAACAUCUUCCACAACCACGUCAACAUCUUCCACAACCACAACAACGUCAACAUCUUCCACAACCACAACAACGUCAACAACAUCUACUACAACGACAACAAGAACUACUACAACAACAUAAUCAACAUCAUCAUAACCAGCGGGUUAAACAACAACUACUGACACAACACCAACUGACAACAACAAACAUAACUACUGGACAACAACAACAACUAUUCCUUAAACAACUAGUGACACAACAACCACUAAUAACAUUAACAAAGACAGCUCAUAACACAACAACAACUACUGACAACAACUACUACUGACACACCAAUAACAACUACUGACACAACAACUACUAAUAACAAUAAUAGAACUAUUAAACUAAUAACACAACAACCACUGACAACAACAACACCUACUGAUACAAAAACUUCAGAACCAACAAUACCUACUACAAUGCUUUAAAUCAAGGACAUGGUACGGCCACAUAGGGAGUGGUGGAGGAAAUCUGCAGAUGCAUUCCUUAUUUCAUUACUAGAAUUAAUAU